AUGAAACUCGUCACUGCAACGGCCACGUCGGGCUUCUUCCAGCCCCAGCCAGUGGUGCCCAACCAGUACCGCGAUGACGUCGCGCUGCGUCGCGCCGUCUCCCUCUUCACCCCGCCAGAGACGAUGGCCACCCUCGCGCCCGACCUGGAACGCUUUGGCGAUCUCGUCCUCUCGCGCGAGGUCCUCGCCCACGUCGUCAACGCCGAGCACGACCUGCCUUACGUUAUUGGCAGUGGCUUCACCGCAUUUGGCCACCCGAACGCCGACGCACUCGUUACCAGCUCGGGUUGGAAGGAGCUGCAGGACAUCGGAAUCCGCGAGCAGAUUGUGGGGCGUGGGUACGACCAUGGACUGGGGCCCUACGCCCGUCUGGCGCAGUACUACAAGCUGCACCUGUGGAACCCCAGCUCUGCCGUCGUGACUUGCCCCAGCGCGAUGCAGGACGGCGCCAUCAAUGUGCUGGCUCGCGACCUCCUCGCUCGUCCCGACAUGGACUCGUCCCAGCGCUCCGUGUUCACGCGUGCCCUCGAGCGUCUUCUCUCCAACGAUCCACGCGAAGCCUGGACCUCGGGACAGUGGAUGACCGAGCGCCCCGGCGGCUCGGAUGUGGCUGGUACCGAGACGGUCGCGACACUCAACGGACCGGCGACGCGCGCAACCGACGUCGACGGCCUCCCUCUCGGCCCAUGGAGUGUGAGCGGCUUCAAGUGGUUUAGCUCGGCCACAGACUGUGGGUGUGUCGUCCUCCUCGCCAAGACGGACACUGGCGGUGGCAGCUUGUCGUGCUUCUUUGCGCCCACGCGCAAGGUCGUCAAUGACGGCUGUGACGUUGAGAUGAACGGCAUCCGCAUCAGCCGUCUCAAGAACAAGCUCGGCACCAAGGCGCUCCCCACGGCCGAGGUCGAAGUCAAGGAUAUGCGCGCGUGGAUGAUUGGAGAGGAGGGCAGUGGUGUCAAGAUGAUCAGCACGCUCCUCAACAUUACUCGAUUCUACAACGCUGUCUCGGCUGUUGGCUUCCUCGGCCGCUCCCUCGGUGUCGUUCGUGCCUUUGCUCGCGUCCGCCCGUUCCCCUCCCUCAAGCCCCCGCAUAACAAGCUCGUCGACCGGCCGCUGUUCGCCAAGACCAUCGCUGGCGUGACGCUGCAGUAUCGCGCCGACCUCUUGUUCACUGGCCUGGUCGCCGCCCUCCUCGGCGCAAGCGACUCGGCAUCGCAGUCCUACUCCCCUCUCGUUCCCGACGACCACCACCAGAGCCUCCUCCUCUUGCGUAUCCUUACUCCCGUCGUCAAGGCGUACACUGCCAAGCACGCCAUCGCCGGCGUGCAAGAGUGCAUGGAAUCCCUCGGCGGCGUGGGAUACAUGGAAAACGUCGAGAGCCCCGAAAUGAACCUGGCCCGCAUCUUCCGCGACACCAACGUGCUCGCCAUCUGGGAGGGUACGACGGACGUGCUCUCCACCGACACGGUCAAGGUCCUGCACCACGGUCGCGACGGCCACAAGGUCCUUGCCGCCCUCGACAGCUGGUUUGAGCAUGCCCUGCCCGCCGGGAGCCGGCUGCACGGCGACGAAAAGGCCGCAGUCCACGCCGGCUGGAAGGCCCUGCGUGCCGACAUUCCCAAGGACAAGGAACACGCCCUGUCCGAGGGCCGCGAGAUUCUGCGCCGCAUCGGCGACCUCGUGUGUGCGGCGCUGCUGGUGGUCGACGCCGAGCGUGACGGCGACGAGGUGGCUGCUGCGUGCGCGACCCGCUUCGCGCACACCAGGCUCGUUGCGCAUGUUCCCGCAACCUCGGCCGCUGGCAAGAAGAAGGCCAACUGGCACGCCGUCACCAAGGAGGACAUGAAGAUUGCCUUUGACGGCCACCCGGUGGCGGAGAAGCACCACGCCAAGCUGUAA